GGAGGACUUAAUUGUUUUUCCUGACACACAAAUCCGGUGCAAUGAGGCCCGCGGUGCUGGUGUCGACGGUGAUAGUGGUAGUCCUGCUGAUGGCCCGCCCGCUUACGUCGUUCAAAAUGCCCUCUUGCUGUAAACCGUGUACAAGGGAACGUAACCCAGUCUGCGGUAGUGACACAGUGACCUACGCGAACCCCUGCCUCUUCAGCAUUGCGCAGUGCCAAAACCGUAAGCUCACGAUGCGGCACAUGGGCGAAUGCAACCCAAGAAACAAUCAUGGAUGGGGAAGGACCUUCAUCUGCCUCUAAGGGAAUGCAAGCAAUAAAUAAUGAUUGCCUAGGAAAAAGCUGUAUUAUGAUUUUGUUUAAAGGAGAUCGGAAAAGAUUCUAAGGGUUCUAUUUUGGUGUGUACAUGGUUCUAUAGACACCUGUAGAUUAUAAUGGAAGAAUUUGCUGCUUUCCUGUGUGAUCGGACUCCUUGUGGUAGAAUCCUUAAUGAAUUGUGGAAUAGAGAA